GCGAUCAGGACGAUACACCCUCUGAUCCGAAUAGAUUAGACCGAAUACGCAAUUUUGUUCUCUCUCAAUCAGGAAAUGAAUUGUCUGACUGUGAGAGUGAAAAUGAAAAUGACACCCCUUCAGAACUGAAUGACAUUAAACAAAAUUGUAAAUGUGGUCAGCGUUGCUUUUCAAAGUUUGAGAAUUCCGUAAUUCUUGACCAUGUAUUUAAUGUUAGAGAAAUGGAAAAAGAUGUAAAAGAUUUAUACAUCAUGGGUUCUAUUAGCAUUGCCGGGUCAUCUGUCACUCGAAAAGGAUCAAGAGUCCGGAACUCGUACCACUACAGUUUUAGAAAUGUGAAAAUUUGUAGAUCGACUUUCCAGUGUUUAUUUGAUGUCGGGAAAAAGUCUCUCUCUAAUCUCUUGAAACAUUAUUCAGCAAAUGGGGCCGUCCCUAGACGACAUGGAAAUCAUGGAAGGAAGCCGAAGCAUGCAGUCAGUUUUGACGAUGUACAGAGAGUGGUAAAUUUCAUUUUGGGCUACGCCGAGGAACACGGCCUCCCUCAGCCUGCAGCCCCUAGAGGUAGGGAUGAUGAGCCUCCCAUUUUUCUUCCUUGUAAUUCGACGAAGAAAGCUAUUCAUGGCCAGUACAAGUCGGCGUAGCCCAAAAUGAUUGCGUACUUUGCAUGGCGAGUGAUUACUGGUUUGCAUCAUCAAAUUACUUACCUGAUGCAGGUAGUUGGUCAUACACGAUGUCUGAUUGACGCAGGUUUUGCAAGGGCAAAAAAGCUGUUCCGUCGCACAGACUGUGAUAGUAUGAGUGAACUUCAGAGAGUUUUUGAUCAUUCUUCAACAACAAACAAAGGUAUUCUCUACGACAACGGAAGAGAGUCUACAUGGAAAUGCUACGGUUGGAAAGAGUUUUUGGGCCGUUUUUUCAACUCAUUACCUGGUAUUUCAAAAUACCACUCUUUCCGAUUUCAUGUGGACUUUCCAGGAUUUGUAUUUGUAAAAGAAAAUAGUGAUUCGGCCGAGAAAAAAAUCAAAAUAUCAAAACCAGAUGGACUUCAGCAGAUUCCGGGAAAUUUUCCUAGGGAACUUGCACCCCUCGGAAUGUCUAGAGAAAGAGCUCAGUAUCUUUAUAAGAAGGUCAGACCGUAUGUACGUCCAAGAUGUCAAGAUGAAUUAUGCCCUCCAGCCCAGACUGAAGAAUAGCUUACCUAGGCUAUUUAUUUUCCAUUAAAAAUGUGAC